UCAUUUCAUCUGUUCGUUGCCACACGUACGCCAUGUACGUCUAUUUAUUUGUAGAGAGUUCUCUAUCACCCUCACACACACACAAAUCAAUCCAAUACAGCUAGUAGCGUGGAGUAGCACAACGCAAAACAGCACACCAUGGCGCUCACCACAAGCACUAAUAACCAAGCCUUGCUUGACGCUCAGCUAGAGCUCUGGCACACGACCUUUGCUUACAUGAAGUCCAUGGCGCUCAAGUCAGCAUUGGACCUUGGCAUCGCCGACGCCAUCCACAGUCACGGUGGCAACGCCACCCUGCCGCAGAUAGUUUCCAGGGCCACGCCCACGCUCCACCCGUCCAAGAUCCCCUGCCUCCGUCGCCUCAUGCGGGUACUCACAGCCACCGGCAUCUUCAGCGCCGCCCACCACGACGACGCUGGCGGCGGCGGCGAGCUCGUCUACGGGCUCACGCCGGCGUCUCAGCUCUUGGUUGGCGGCUCGUCAAGCCUGACUCCUUUCAUGUCCCUGGCAUUGCAUGGGAUCUUCGUGUCCCCUUUCCUUGGCCUCGGCACGUGGUUCCAGCAAGAGCACUCAGACCCGUCCCUGUUCGAGAUGACGCAUGGGCAGACUGCGUGGGACCUGAACGACCACAACCCUGCCUUCGGCAAGCUCUUCAACCAGGGGAUGGUCUGCGACAGCAGCUUCAUCAUGGACAUCGUCGUCAAGGACUGCGGCGAUGUCUUCCGGGGGCUGAGCUCCGUUGUCGACGUCGCUGGAGGGCUUGGAGGCGCAGCCAUGGCUAUCUCGAUCGCGUUCCCGGAUGUCCAGUGCAGCGUGCUGGAGCUGCCGCAUGUCGCCGCCAAUGCUCCCACUAGCACCGAUGUGAAGUAUGUUGCUGGUGACAUGUUUGAGAGCAUUCCACCGGCAAACGCCGUCUUCCUUAAGUGGGUUUUGCAUGACUGGGGCGAUGCUGAUUGUAUCAAGAUACUGAAGAAUUGUAAGAAUGCUAUACCUUCUAGAGAUGCAGGAGGAAAGGUGAUAAUCCUAGAUAUGGUUAUGGGGGGCCAAUCGUCAAACAUUAAGCACAAAGAGACUCAGGUCUUGUUUGAUCUCUUCAUCAUGUUUGUCAACGGCGUCGAGCGAGACGAGCAAGAAUGGAAGAAGAUCAUCUUUGAAGCCGGAUUUAGCGAUUACAAAAUCAUACCUGUUCUUGGUGUUCGAUCCAUCAUUGAGGUCUACCCAUAAUUGUUUGGUGAAAACGUGUUUCGAGUUUUUUUUUCUGAAUAAGUUGUUUGGUUAACUAGCAUGGGACAUUGUGUCCGUGAUAUCAUGUGCAAUGCGUGAUUAGUACCAAAGAAUUUGUUCAUAUGUGCAAGAAUUGCAUUAAUUCUGAGUUGAAGUAACACAUUCUUGCAUUCUGAGUUGAAGUAACA